AUGGAUGAAUCAAUUGGAUGCGCACGAGUAAAAGUUCAAUAUGGAGAUGACCCCCAAAAGAUUGAGGUAUCUGUUGAAUCAUGCCCUGUGAACUGCAUCCACUGGGUGGAUAGGGAAGAACUGGCACUGCUUGAGUUUCUGAUUCAACCAAAACCAAAGCAAGGUUAUGGAGUGUUUGGGCAAGGCUGGGAGAGACCUGCUAAUGUUUUCAUGGCUGCAAAGUCAUUCAGCAAGCAGUUGAGACAGCAAGCUGAACAUCAUCACAGCAAAGUGAGAACAACUGUAGAGGAAGAAACCCCUGCUCAAGCAGAGGCUCGUGCCAAUGCUAGCUUGAAAAUCAAGAUGGAGAGAUUCUCAAAAAUUUGGGAUUCAGUGAAAGAAAUAUUUGGUUAA